AUGAGCAAAGACACACCACUAUACCAAAGUUUGGGAACUCCUCCUACGAUCGCCGAAGCAGGGCACGACCUUCAUCGCCGGUAUCGCCGUCUACUUGCAAAAGGGUUCUCGGAGGCUGGAUUACGGGAGCAGGAGCCCGUUAUACAGCAGAAGAUCUCCGUGUUAAUCAAACAACUCCAUGCUGCGACAGCAAAAGGCACUACGCCGGAGAUGACAUCGUGGUUCAAUUUCUUCACUUUUGACCUGAUUUCAGAGCUUACCUUUGGCGAAUCUUUCAAAUGUCAAGAGAACGGCCGGUUUCACCCGUGGAUACUCAUGGUCACUCAGUCCAUAAAGUUCAGAGCCAUUAUUCAAGCGCUGGGAUACUAUCCUUUACUAUUCAAACUCUUCAUGGGCCUGAUCCCGAAGUCCUACCAGGAGGCAUUCAGGGAUCAUCAGAAACUCACUUCUGAGAAUGUUCAGCGUCGAAUAGACAAGAAAGUCGACUAUACCGACCUAGCCUCGAAUCUUAUAGAUCCGAAACACAAUCUCGAAAGGUAUGAGAUCGACGGCAACUGCGCCGUACUUAUUGUCGCUGGAAGUGAAACCACCACUACUGCUCUGAGUGCGACUAUGUAUUAUCUGACCCAAAACCCCGAAGCAAAGGCGAAGGUGAUCAAAGAGGUUCGAAGCUCCUUCUCCAGUGCAGAGGAGAUUACCGCGAUCAGCGUCAACCAACUCAAGUAUCUACCGGCGUGCUUUAAUGAAGCUAUGCGAAAACUUCCCCCCGCGCCAGCUGUGUUUACCCGCCGUGUCCCCAGGGAGGGGGCAUAUAUUGCAGGAAAUUGCAUCCCGGGAGGCACGCACGUUGGUAUGUGCCAUUUUGCUACGAAUAACUCGAGCCUCAACUUCAAGGAUCCUGAGAAAUACAUCCCCGAAAGAUGGUUGGGUGAUCCUGAGUAUGAAGAUGAUGCUCGCGCUGCAAUGCAGGUAUUUAGCGUCGGGCCGCGGAAUUGUAUUGGGCAGAACCUUGCAAGAUUGGAGUUGCGCCUUUUGUUAUCCCGUGUUAUAUGGGAGUUUGACUGGGAGCUGGACUCUGCCUCGAUGGAUUGGGACAAGGACAUGCCGGUCUAUCUUAGUUGGGGUAUGAAGCCAUUAAAAUUUCAUUUUGCGCCUGUGGUUCGCUAG